AUGGUUGAAAAAUUACGAAUUCGAGUCGAGCGACUAGAUCCAGAGCAGUGGCGAAAGCACGAGAACCCUCCUGUCCUUCCCGAGCCGGGGCCUAUACACAAGGUGCUGCCAGGAUUGAACAAGAUCAUCAAGGAAGAAGCUAGCUAUCAGAACGAUCCAGUCCUCCACGAGGUCUCCGACCAGUGUCUUCCUAUCAUGUGGGCUUUUCGAAAUGCUCCCAAGGUUGGUGUGCACUUGGUCUCGCCGGAGGGUGAGGUAUAUGAUCCAGACCACCCGGUGUGGGCUGAGAGUAAGCAGCUCGACGCAGAUGAACGUGAUGGUUAG